AUGUCGAAGUAUCCGCAACGAGCCCUGGCUGAGAGAAAUAAGACAGUACAGAUGAAAAAUAGCAUGGAGGACAAGAUUCUUCGACAAAAACUCGAGUCUUUCUCGCGAGAAAGAGGCUACAUUGACAGAGAGUUGCGUAGGAUAUCGUUGGCGAGGGAAAGCUUGGUAGAAAGCCUCGACCGAUACACCAAGCAGUCUAAAUUGAUGACGAAGCGUUUGAGCUUGCCAUGUUUAGUUGAUGAGAGAAGAAAAGAUAGCCUCGCGGAUCCGAUUGGGGGUUUACGUCGACAUACUGUAGACAUAGUUGAAGAUUUUCAGAGACCUUUCGCAGAAUGCAAACAACCCCUGAAGCCGCUGGGAUGUAUUCAAGAGCCAGCGCCGGAUUCAAAGAAAGUUGCCGCAACACCCAGUAAUAAGGUGGGUAUUCCUUCCGAACGUAAAAACCGCGCACCAAGUCCACUCCUUAUAACAAGCAUGGAAACCUCACGAGAUAUUUUAGAAUUCCGUUGCACAAGCCCUGUAACCGCCUCCUUGAUUCAGUCUGGCAUUAUCCCUGCUCAAGAGAGGCCGAUGCUUCAUUCUCGUCAGACCAGCUCCAACGAAACCCCCCUUCGUCUUCCCAAGAUACCCGGCACUCCCGCAAGGAAGAUUUCUACGGGUCAGGCAAACCCGCGGGACGGAAUGCUGGCCACAAACCUGAAAAGUAAGUUCCGUCAGAUGGGAUCAGUUGUAAUGGCGACUGCGAUUUUAAGGGUUGCAAACGAAAGGCGGAAGGAGGAAGUUGGUAAAAAAUAA